AUGUCGGCGCCUGUACCGGAUAAGGAAGUUUUCCCUACUGCACCCCCUCCGUACUCGCAAGUAGCAGCACCUUUUGGCACUGCCCCUCUUGUGGGAAACCACCCGCCUGGUUAUCAAUCGCCUCCAGUUUAUCCGACUGGUCCGGGUUACCCUCCCCCACCGGCUCAGCCUUAUCCCUCUCAAGGUGGUUUUGGUCCUCCGCAAAGACCAUACACGGAACAACCCAUUAGCAGUAGCAGCACACAUUUGCAUACUCUCUUUGAGGAGGGUCUUGGUCAGUUCAUUGUUGACGACUCGUCACGCUCAAAAGCCUUAAAAACUGCUCUUGCUUUCCACAGUAAAUUACCCAAGGCUGUGGUGCAAUCUGUUGGCAUCGUUUAUUUUAACGAAUGCAGCGGACCCCUGUUCUGUUGCCUGAUUCCUCUCUGCUGUCCUCCGUGUAAGGACGUGGAGCACCUUUGUCCCAUCUGCGGUCGCUUUUUGGGCUCCCACCAGCGCCUCUGA